AUGGCGGCCAUCGAACCCAGGGACAGCAAGGCGGCUCUACCAGGGCCGGAAGACGUUCAGUAUGAUGAGAAGCCUUUCAACGUGCCCCAGGAUGUUGACGACGAUGAGGAGUACACGGUGGCCGAGCAGCGAAAGAUCAUUCACAAGGUCGACCGCCGCUUGUUGAUCAUUCUGGGAGCCAUGCAGGCCGUGUCGUUCUUGGAUCGCGCGAACAUGUCGAACGCUGCGAUUGCGGGAAUGACCAAAGACCUGGCUCUCGGGGUUUCAAACCGUUACUCUAUCACUCUUCUCGUCUUUUUCGGUCCUUACGUAGCCUUGCAAUUCCCUGCCGGUGCCUUCGUCCGAAAACUCGGCCCUCGCAUGUUCCUGUCCUCCAUUGUUACAGCUUGGGGUAUCAUUAUGAUGUGUUUUGGGUUCGUCCAGCACUGGCAUUCUCUGAUUGCUCUUCGAAUGCUUCUUGGCGCUCUCGAGGCUGGUUGCUUCGCCGGCCAGUACUAUCUCAUCUCCUCCUGGUACUCACGAUAUCACUUGCACAAGAGGGUUUCAGUCUUCUACUUGCUUGGUGUCGCCGGCUCUGCCCUUGGAGGACUUCUCGCCCUGUUAUUCUCCCAGAUGAAGGGUAUAGCCAACUACAAUGGUUGGAGGUGGAUCUUCAUCAUGGAAGGUUUGAUUACGAUUAUUGUCGGUAUACUAGGCUUCAUCUUCAUGGUCGACUUCCCCGAAAAUGCGCAUAAGGCCUGGGGUUUCCUUACCGAGAAGGAAACUGCCUUCAUCGUUCGUCGAAUCAACCGUGAUCGAGACGACGGCGAGCCUGAAAAGUUUGCCUGGAGGAAGUACCUAAAGCCCGCGAAAGACCUCAAGGUCUGGGCUUUCGCCAUGCUUUUCUUCUGCUCCACUCUUCAGGCCUACUCCGUCGGCUUCUACUUGCCCAUCAUUAUCCAGGGAAACAUGGGCUUCUCCGUUACUAUCUCUCAGGUUCUGAGCACGCCUCCGUAUGUCCUCGCCAUGAUCUUGAUGUACAUCCAAGGUUGGCUUUCCGAUAAGCACCGCGUUCGCGCGCCUGUCCUCAUCAUGAACGCUAUCCUUAGCAUCACGGGAUUGGUUCUCAUGAAGUGGGCGCCGGUGGCUGGGGCUCAGUACCUUGGUUCGCUUCUCGUCACGGCCGGAGCCAGUGCCAACAUCGCAUCCGUCAUGGUGUACCAGGCAAACAACAUCCGAGGUCCCUGGAAGAGAGCUUUCUGCAGUGGUAGCAUGAUCAGUUUCGGUGGCACUGGUGGCAUUGCCGGUUCGCUCAUUUUCCGAGCCCAGGACAAGCCCUCGUACUUGCCUGGAAUGGUUGGGUGCAUCACGGCCAAUGGUAUCAUCUUGGUCAUUGUCGCUGCGCUCAGCAUUCAUUUCUAUGUGAGCAAUCGCAAGGCGGAUAAGGGUGAGAAGGUUAUUGAGGAUCUUCCUAGCUUCCGGUAUACCAUUUAA